AUGCCGGACGAAAAGAAGCAGAAAGCAAAGGAGCAGAAGCGGAAAAAUGUAGUCGACGCCAUGGACAGGAUGAUCCUGUUCCUUCAGAAUUAUGAUCCCGAACAACAUCAAGCUGAAGUUCCUCAUAGACUGGAACGCCUGGAGAAGAUUUGGGACGCAUUCGAAAUAGUCCAAUCCGAUUGCGAAGAGUUGGACGACAGUGAAGAACUUGAAGCGAAGAGUUUGCGGUGCAGAGCCCAGAUGGAGGAGAACUGCUUCUGUCGUGCCACGAGCUUCUGCGGCAGUUCGUCACCAACUUUAACCAACGUGAAGCUUCCCACGAUCACUCUACCUGAGUUUGAUGGAGACUUCAACAACUGGUUAACCUUCCUUGACACCUUCCUGUCCAUGAUCCACUCGUCCACGGAGAUCUCGUUCGUACAGAAGUUCCACUACCUCAGAGCGCCACUGAAGGGAGAAGCUGCCAAUCUAAUCCAGUCCAUUGCAAUCACUGCGAACAACUACACCGUCGCCUGGGACACGUUGGUGAAACGUUAUUCCAACAAAGCCCUUCUGCGAAAGAAACACAUCCGUGCUCUACUGAAGUACGUUAACCAGUCCGUCGAAGCCCUGCAUAAGGUCGUGGAUGAAUUCCAACGACAUACCAAGAUUUUGGAGCAACUUGGGGAGCCCGACGAGCAUUUCAGUUCCAUCCUAAUGGAGCUGUUGGAGGACAAACUAGACGAUGCCUCUCUCACUGUGUGGGAAGAAUCUAUUGCUACUGACAAUGAACCCACCUUCACAAAGAUGAUUGAGUUCCUCCAAAGGCGAGCGCGCAUAUUGGAGACGAUCUCGAUCAACCGUCCACACCACAACCAGAUGAAGUCAAUGAGUCAGUCUUCUGCCUUAAAGCGUCCCAGUCACCCUCGCGUGAGUACUAACGCAGCUACUGAAGCCUUGCCGAAAGCAUUUCCGCUGUGCCCUGCCUGCGAGAAGCAGAAACAUUCGUUGUACGACUGCCCCGCUUUCAACAGCAUGGAUCCCAAGAAUCGUUUAAAGGUCAUAACAGAGAAGAAGUUGUGCAGCGAUCAUUUUGCUCGCGCGUGUCGAUCGAAGUACAGCUGCAAGCAAUGUUCGAAACGCCACCACUCUAUGAUUCACCCCGGACCAUAUGAACUCAAUUCGACGAUCACCGAAGAUAAUACCGCAUCACGAUCAUCCAUAGCUGUAACUGCCAAUCCAGGUCCUUCGAACGUUCUCACUGUCGUUUCUUCUGGUCCCAACGACGGGCCCCCGUCUACGAAGGCUGUAUUCCAAUCAGCUAGCGUUCUUCUGAUCACAGUAGUAGUGAUCGUAGUAGACGCUUACGGUCAAGAACACGUCGCCCGUGCCUUGUUGGAUACUGGAUCCCAGCCGAAUGCGAUUAGCGAACGACUUUGCCAGCCACUUCACCUGAGCCCUAGGUCCGUCAACGUGCCAAUCGCUGGCGUAGAUGGGGCUGUUACGAGCGCCAAGCACGGAGUGUCUGCCGAAGUUCGAUCACGCGUGUCCGACUUCCGUGAAGUACUUGAUUUCCUGGUGUUGCAGAAAGUGACCAGUGACACUCCAUCCGUACCAUUCAAUGCGGCUGAAUUGAAGCUUCCCGACGAUCUAAUUCUAGCCGAUCCCGACUUUGGCACUCCUAGAAGGGUAGAUAUGAUUAUUGGUGCUGCUCACUUCUACUCUUUCUUGCGGAAUGGCCGGUUCCAUCUCCCAAGUCUUCUGUUCGUCGAAACCGUAUUUGGGUGGAUUGCGUCUGGAAACAUCGAUGAGUCCCGCGAGCAUUCCCAGCAGCCGACAACAGCUUGUCAUGCGGCGACAGUUGUACCAGUCGAUGAACUGCUGCAGCGAUUUUGGCAGAUUGAAGAUGUAAGCGGCUCAAACUACUCGGUCGACGAGCAAAAAUGUGAAAAUUUCUACCAGGAGACUAUUUCCCGUGAUCCCUCCGGACGAUAUGUUGUUCGAAUGCCCAAGCAUCCCGAAUGCGAUCAGAUGAUCGGUGAAUCAAAGGCCAAUGCGCUGCGACGUUUGAAGUGGUUGGACAAUAGACUGGAGAAGGAUGAAGAACUGAAGACACAGUAUCACGCUUUCAUGGACGAGUACAUCAGUCUCGGCCAUAUGGUUCCCGCUCUUGAUGACGACGAGAAUAGUUCAACCAGUUGCUAUCUUCCGCACCAUCCCGUGGUAAAGCAAUCGAGCACGACGACCAAGGCAUCGAAAACCAGUGGAAAGGCCGCCAAGAAGUCCGGAAAGGCGCAGAAAGUCAUCGUCAAGGGAGAGAAGAAGAAGAGGAGACAGCGCAGGAAAGAAAGCUAUGCCAUCUACAUCUACAAGGUGUUGAAGCAGGUCCACCCGGACACCGGAGUCUCGUCGAAGGCCAUGAGCAUCAUGAACAGCUUCGUCAAUGACAUCUUCGAACGUAUUGCUGCUGAGUCGUUCCGUCUGGCUCAAUACAACAAACGCUCGACGAUCACCUCCCGCGAAAUCCAAACUGCUGUCCAUCUGCUUCUGCCGGGUGAGUUGGCCAAGCACGCUGUCUCUCAAGGAACCAAGGCCGUUACCAAGUACACUAGCUCCAAAGCUCGGCCGUUGCAGGAAUCCAGCGAGGCCUAUCUGGUCGGUCUGUUCGAAGAUACCAACCUGCGCGCCAUCCAAGUCAAGCGUGUCACAAUUAUGCCAAAGGACAUUCAGCUAUUCGUGGUGAACGCUCUUAAUUUCUCCGUCGAAAUCUAG